AUGUCAUCAUCAAUUUCGCUCGCCGAAGUCCUCGACCUUCCGUCUGGCCCCUCACCACAGAUGCCUGCGGUCGAGUCACGCCUAAGCGCCAACAUGAGCAAUCUGGCUGACGCCUUCCAGACGGUUGCGACCCCACUUUUAUCGUCUCUACCCAAACGUAUCGUUGUCGACCAGGAGAAUGGGGACUUAUACGCCUCAAAAUCAGUCGAGGUCUUGAAAAAGCGUGGCUGGUCGUCCUUUGGACAGGAGCAGCAGAAAAUGCUUGCUGAUAGAGUGACAGUGCUUGAAGCAACGUCGCCUCUGACCCUCGGACUCAAGGAUGGGAUCGCUCCGCAGACAGAGUCUCUGGGCGACAACGCGAAGUUGACCAGCCUGUUCGACCAGUUCCGGGCGGUUCAUUUCUAUUCACGACGGGCGCAAGAAUUGUGGUCUGCCAUUGAGGCGUAUGAGCUCGGGAUUGAAACUAAGUCGGAUGCGAAAGUUGACAUGGCCGUGACCUCCGACGAGCUCGACCGCAGUGUGUUGGAUUGUAUUCUCCAAGACGUCGAGAACGCGUCCGAGGAGGAUCUUGCCCUGAUUAACGACGCCACACGCGAAGAUCUCAAACAGAUGCGGCUCAUGCUGGACAUGACGCGCGAAACGAGUCGGUACUUGAAAGAGGCGCAAGAGACGUAUGAGUUGUUACAAAAGAAAGUGAAGGAUGAGGGUCUGACGGAGCAGACUGAUGGUCUCGCCCGUGGAAAUUCUUUAUCUUGCGAGAAUGUUGCUCCCUUAACUGAGCAGGCGCUGGCACCGAGUAUAGUCCAGGUCCGGUACCUACUCUGGAUUCUCACCACGCGAGUUCAAAGAGCUGUCGUCUGGACAAUGUCCCAAAAGAGCAACGGAGGAGGAUUCGGCUUCGCCAAUUGA